AUCUUGGACUCAUUUCAGCGUUUGUGUGGACGGUACUCUCGUUUUUACAAUAUUUUGCAAAAAAUAGGAUUGUUUCUGCCACAUCGUGGAGGUGCGUCGAAGUACAGUAUCAGAUUCCGGCCACCGGUGUCUGUUCUGUUACCCACUUCAGGUGUGGAACCUUGGUAGUUGUAGAAAAAGUUCACAAACUGCAUAAUGUUUUACGCUCAUUUUGUGUUGAGUAAGAAGGGUCCGUUGGCCAGGAUAUGGCUAGCAGCUCAUUGGGACAAGAAACUGACAAAGGCCCAUGUAUUUGAAACAAAUGUGGAAAGCAGUGUGGAGAGUAUCAUACACCCCAAGGUCAAGAUGGCAUUACGAACAUCGGGUCAUUUGCUCUUGGGUGUUGUGCGAAUCCACAGUCGGAAAGCCAAAUAUUUAUUAGCAGAUUGCAAUGAAGCCUUUGUAAAAAUCAAGAUGGCUUUUAGGCCUGGAGUUGUUGACCUACCAGAAGAAAACCGUGAAGCUGCAUUCACUGCCAUCACCUUACCGGAAGUGUUCCAUGAUUUUGAUGCACCUGUCCCAGACUAUAAUGACAUUGAAAUUCAAAAACAAUUUACUAUGAAUCAAAGUCGAGUAGAAGAAAUCACAAUGAAAGAAGAUUUCGGAAAUAUUACAUUGGCUGGUCAUGAUGAUGGAUUUGGUGACAUUCCAUUUGAUGAUCGUGAAGUUCUUCGGGAUACUAGUCAAAUGGAAGAGACAUUGUACAAGCCAUCUGGUGAUGAAAGUAAUUUGUUGUUAGAAGGAGAAAAGAAAGAUAGCAAUAUUGAUGCAUCAUUGGAUAAACCUAUGGAUCUUGGUGGAUAUGAUAAACCACUUGUAGAUGAUGGCUUUGGAGGAGGAAUGGGAAUGGGUGAUGGUAUUCUCGGUGAUGGGUUUAUGAUAGAUGGCAAUCUUUUUGAAGAACAGCCAGAAAUAACAGGCAAUGAUAUAUCUCUUGGCCCUGAACCAGGAGCAAAGCGAGCUGAAAGAAUGGCGAAAGCACGUGAAGAGCCUCCACAAGUAGAAGGAGUAGUUGAAGACCCUAUAUCAUAUUCCCCCCCACCGUCAGUAGCACCUCCUCCAUCAGUUGCUCCGUCUAUCAUUGAUCAAACCACACUUGUACCAAACGAAGAUGAAGCAUUUGCAUUAGAACCUAUUGAUGUCACAGGUUUAAAAGAAACUAGGCAAAGACGCAAGCGUAAAUUAGUUGUUGAUGAUUGUAAGGAAUUAUCAGGUGAUAUCAUAAAAGCACAACUGAAAGACACAUCAGAUAUUGUUACAACAUUAGAUUUAGCACCACCCACCAAGAAACUUAUGAUCUGGAAGGAAACAGGAGGUGUAGAUAAACUUUUUUCAUUGCCUGGCAGAGUCACAGGAACAUGUCUUCUUAAGAUUUUCACACGUAAUUUAACGACACAAAAAAUGGCUUCGAAAAAUCAUGAACCAGAACCAGAACCUGAACCAGAAGAAAAAAUGGAAGUAGAUGAACCAGAAAUACCAAGAGAGGAAGAAAUUCAUGAAGAACAACCUGUGCAAGAACUUGACUCAACACUUCAUAUCAAUGAGAGUGCACGGAUAGAAAAUAGGGAAGUAAGUACAAUUGCUGCUAAAGAUCUGCCAUUAAUGUCACCAGUACGACGACCAGAUUCCCCAUCAAGUGAUGGUGAUGCAGGUGAUAUGGGUGAUGAUCUAUUUGGACCUGGUUCUGUACAGUCAUUCGGUGUUGAAGCGCCCUCCGACAGUGAAGAGGAAGAGGCACAACCUGAAGAAGAGGAAGAAGAAGAAGAUACGGGGGAUGAACAAGAUGAUGAAAACGUAGAAGAAAUGGAAGAGAGGCGAUGGAAUAAAAGAACACAACAAAUGAUACACAUUCUACAGAAACAACUUCAAAGACAAGACCAAAUCACCUUUUCUGAAUUGUCAAAGAAAAACAACCGCAAACAAGCUGCAUCCAAGUUCUACACAUUCCUUGUAUUAAAGAAACAAAAUGCAAUUGAUGUUCAUCAGGAUGACUCAUUUGGCGAAAUCAGUAUCAGUAAAGGACCUAGAUUUGAUAUGAUACUGUAAGCAAGAAUAUACUGACUUGUGCUUUGAUGUUGCCUUCCAGUGUUCUUCAUGGCUGAGAAUAAGGACUUGUGAAUUGAAUGGUCUGUGCUGGUCAGCAAUAAGUGUCUAUUGCCACAAUAUAGAGAUGAUACUUCAUUGUUGACACUGCAAUAGAUACACAUGGUGGUUCUUUUUAUUCAGAAAGAAUACACAUGAUGGAAUAAUUGAUUAAUUUUAUAAAACCUUGCAAGUUUCUGUUCGAAAUCCUGCAAAAUUCAGAACUGUAAAUUUUUUAUGUUCUAUCUCCUCUUGCUCCAGAUUAUUUUUUCAGACAUAGUACUGUGUGUGUAUUUGUUGAUCCAUUUCUGAAGCUGCUUCUGUUUUUCUUCAUUAUUAUGAAGUUAACCUAUUGUGAUAUAAAUUUAAGAAUAAAACCUUAAAUCCUAAAUGAUAUGGACUGAAGGAGCUAUGGGGAACACUGGGAAAUCCUCCUUUGUAAAGAAUGUUUAAUAUAUACCAAGUUAUAUCAGAGCAAUUUUAUUUUGCUCACAAUAUUCAAAUAGCUCGUCAUAAAGCUGCUAAGAACUAUUCGAUUUUAUUCUCUAGAUUUAUAUGUUAAUUUUUUCCCUCAACUAUGUUGGGGAGGGGUGGUGGCUUUUGCUUAUGGCGGCACUGUUCUCAUUGUUAUUUAUUGCUCAUGUUUGUGUAAUGGCUUGAGUAAUUUUAAUCCAAAUAAUAUCAAACUUGGUUUUCUCUUAGUCAGUUUAAAAUCUUGCCAGAGUUGAAUCUUCAUACCAUUUCAUAAAAGAUCAUAAAAUGUUAAGAAAAUUGUGGUCCAAUCUGGUUAGAUAUGUUUGGCUGUAUGAUUCAUGGCUCACAGUGUAUAUGCAUUACUGUCUUGUAUUUCUUGUAAAGUUCUGAAGUCCUUAUAGGGAUAUCUAUUAGAUUGACCUUAUUUUGGCUUUCGAAACUGUAUGAAAUGUACAAUAGGAAAUGAUUGUUUUGACAAGUUUUAUAAUACUUUCAUAACACUAAAACACGCUUCAGUUAUCAAAGUUAAAUUUGAAUCCAUUGGACUGUGCAUGGGAAUAUACCUGCAUUGUAUGUACUCUGUACGAAGAACAUUACUCAAUUCAAAUGUAUAACGUUAUUGCAUGACCUAAUUAACAUGCCCAAAAAUAUUACAAUAAGCUAUAGACCAACCAAGUUACUGCAAUGUAUUAUGCAUAGUAUUUCUAUUUAGAUUAUUUAGCAUAGCAACAAUUCCCUACUCAACUUUAUAUUUUUCAUUGACUUCUUGGUAUACAAGUACCUAUCAGAUUUGUUCAUUUCAUUGCUAUAAUUUUCAAACAAUUCUUUUAGCAAAUAUUUUUGUCAUUUUUCUUAAACUACUAGCCAGAUUGCUUUGAUACUUCGUAUGUAGGUACCUUGGGUGGAACUCUAUCAGAUUUCCUAAUUUUUGAUGAUAUCUUAAAUUCUAUAUUUUUAGCGAAUAUUUUAUAUAAUCCAACUUGUUUUUAAAAGCUACUAGCCAACGCUUCAUAAUGCUGUUGAAUCCUGUAAAUCAACUGAUAAGACAUCUGACAGCUUGUUAUUUUUAUAUCAAGCAUAUGGUUCAAAACGCAUCUUCCAAUUUAAAUUUAGUUCAGAGUUGUAUUGUUUGCAUUUUUAAGGUAUUAUUUAAAAGUUGGAUGGAUUCAUAUCACCAUUAAACUGGUUGUCAUUGAUCUAUUUAAGUCAUGUUUUUUUAUCGAACCCUUCAAGGUUUUAAAAGCUGUCUAUUUUUAGAGAUUCUCUAAUUCAUUUAUUUAAGUGCAAAACACAUUGACAAACGCUAAUAGUUGCAGAAAUUUGUUUUAAAGCACUAGCUAAAAUACUUGUAGUUUUCUAAGUUUGAGUAUUGUUAAACAAUAGAUAAACUUGCUGUAAACUAUGCUGCUGUGUUUUGUUUUUUGGACUUGUCCUGUUGGUCUUUCGGUGUCUUGUUAUGUAUAUCAUACUGUAUAUAGAUGGACUUGCUGAUAUUGUGAUGGUUACAUGUAUUUUCCCUUCUACUGGAUCAGCAUGUAGUGAUGUAGUUACCUGAAAUAAUCUGACCUAAAAAAAGCAAUUCUUGCCUGCCCAUCAUUUUAAAUUUAACCACAUCUCUACAACUAUGCCAAUGUCUGUAGGACUGGAGAAAAUGCAUACAUUCAUAACCUAGUAUACUAAUUUUAAAGAUGCAAUAUGGACAAAGACAUGUACGUUUUAAUAUUUUUGUUUGAUGCUCCAUACUGUAGACCGAAUCGGAUUAUAAUUUAUCUUAACUAAAAAUGUUGCAUUUGCCAGACACAAAAGUAGUUGUUUGAUGAAUCAAAACCGCGCAUGUGCAGUGAUUGUUAUGGUGCGUAGCAAAACAACCAGUGCACAUGUGUAUUAGAGACUUUUAUUCUUUUAUCAAACUAUUACUCAGAUAUAUGCUACAAGAAUGGAGUUUUCAUGUCAUGAUAAAUCAGUCCAAUGUAUUUAUCAAUAUGGAGUAUCAAACAGCAAUACUAAAAAUUACAUUUUCUUGUCUGUAUUGCAUUUUCAAUAAACCACAGAUAUUUUUUAUUUUAGCCUUUGACAGACAUAACCUAAAUAAACAAAUCAAAAUAAUGUCUAAUGCAUAUAUUGGUAUAAAUCUAUGCCAAUUUUAAUUUUUCCCAUCAGUAGUGAAACCACUUGAGAAUGUAAAUGUACUCGCCAUAAACAUAUUUAAAUGGAGUUGACCGGACUGUGCUUUGUGAAAACCAUUUGUUUCCCCUCUAACAACACUUGUAAUAUAGAGCUCAGAAAACCUCAUCUUGACUGUAGUGUGUGUGGUAAAUUGCUGCAUGUUGAAAGUAUCUUGGUGCCUUCAUUUAUUAGCCCCCAACCCUCCCAUUCCACCAUCUAAAUAUGUAUGUGUAUUUUCUUUUUAAAUCACAGCUGAAAUUUUCUUUGAAGUUUGUAUUUUAGGUCUUCAAAAGGCUAAAAAGCAGUGACAUUAGUAGUUCAAUCUGGAUUACUUCUAAGAAGCCCAAAGACAGAUUGAAUGUUAAAACUUGUACAGACUUGUCCUUAAAUUAGUUUUAUAUUAUUCAUGAAAUUUUGAAUUGUAAUAAAGUUCUUAGUAGUUCUAAUUGUAUAGAAGUUUUUGUAAUUCUAGAUUCACCCCAAUCUUUUUCUGUAAACAUAGAUCACAUUUUAUACCGCUUGGUGCCAAGCAUUGUAUUUUUUGCCAAUAAGAACAUGGUAAGUUGGCUGCAUAAAAUCAUUACUUUCCAUCUGUCCAGUUUGUACAUAAAUAUUAUGCACAUAUUUAUCUUACAUUGUGAAUGCAACAGUGUAAACUACCAGUAGUCAGAAUCAAAUUGUUGUAACAAUUUUACAGUGGGUGCCAAAAUAAACUGAUCCAGAAAACCACUCGCCUACAUGUAAUAUUCCUUGUAACAUCUGAUUUCUAUUGCAUGAAAUAUGAAAAUAGUGAAUUAUUGAGUGUUCUACAUUUGAACACUGCAAGUUAUUUAAACACAAUUUGAUUCUCAAUCGAUAUUAAUUUCCAAAGGUUGAAGGAACAACUCCACUAGUAAUGUUUUAAGGAAUAUUAGUGUUGCCAAGGAGAUUUUUCUGAUCAGCGCCUGCUAUAAAUACUUUUAAAAUGAAGCUUUGGGUUGAGCUGCAGUAACCAAAUUGCCAGUACAAAUUCCUUUGAAUUACACACCUUUAUUGCAGUACUGUGAAUGUUUAUGGCUUUCUAUACUAUGUAGUGUCUUCUUUUUCCUGUAAUUCAAAACUAUUUUUGUUGGCCAACAUUUUGAACAGGUCAUGAAGUGAAUAAUUCCUGUAACGUGUAAUUUUCUGAAGUUGUGCUGCCCUUAUUUUGUAUUAAUAAUAAAAAGUACAUUACAUUUUACAACACAACA